AAAGCGAGUCGCAAAACACCGCGUCCCAACAGUGCACUUUUUAAUAAUGCAUCAACGAAAUUGAUGUCGAUUGGCCAAUAAACACAAUUGUAAGCCAAUGUGAUAAACAGAAUCGUGUAGAGUGUGCCCGCAAAGAGUGGUGAGAUGAUUGGGCAGGUGAAAACGACAACACCGCGGCUGAAGCGGCUUUCCGUCGGCUUGGCUUCGAAAGACACGGGAUGUUCUCCGCUUUCGACAGCGUCAUCGGCGAAACAUCGCGCUCCCGACCAUGCUACACCCGGCGGAGGCCAGCGGAUGAGUUUGCACGAAAACCUCCUAAUGCGCAUCCUAUCGACACCGAGCGAGAGCCCGCUUCGUGACCGUUCGCCUGGCGAUGACGCCGUCUCGACGACUACGCCGCAACGCUCGGCAGAUGAUUCGUUCGACAGUUGCCUCUCCGGAAGUGCGACGCCAGUUCUGGAGCUACUCAACGUUGAUGGUGAGGCGCAGCCCAGCACGUCUCGGCCAGAUGGGCUGGCAGCUAAUCCUCACGUGAUGCGCUUGUUCCGGGACAUGAACAGUCCUUCAGCUACGUCGCGGCUACGAGCGUUGCGUGCCCUAAAGUCUCCUUCCAAGCGCGUUGGCUACUUUAACUUUGAUGUGCCACACGAACAGCAGGAUAUCAUCACGUCCGAGGAAAGGGAGGGCCCCCGGAGCAUCCGGGACGUACUGCGGGACGUGGUUGUGUACGUCGAAGUACGCUCCGGAUCGGACAACCGAUCCAACGGCAUCAAACAACACAUCGCCUCGCUGGGAGCACGGGUUAAUGAGCGUCUACUGAAGGAUACGACUCACGUGAUAUUCAAGGACGGUCUGCUGUCGACGUUCCAGAAAGCGAAGAAAAUGAACAUUCCAGUCGUGUCGAUACUUUGGAUCGAAGCCUGCACGCGCCAUACGUGCCUGAUGAACCCGAGCGAAUUUAAGAUAUCGAACCUGGAGCGCUACGAAAACCCAGAACUGUUCAAGAGAAUCAGGCGCCAGAAAUCGAUGCAACCCGGAGCCCAGGAAAGGGCUGGCAAUAAGAAGCGUCCCGCCGUGGCCGCAAAAGGUAGCGCUGUCCUAUCUCCUCCGACAAAGCUUCCUACUCUGCACCGACUCGGGAAAAACGAUCGUUUGGAGCAGAUAUUGAACGAUUUUGACAACCAGGUCGCUGGCACCAACACCGAACCGGUCGACGAGUACGAUGAAAUGUUGCGAGCUGGGCCCAUGCGGUUGCUGGAGCGCUUCCGUUCAACGCCUACUGCUAUGGAUGGAGCGGGCAUUUCUAGUCCUGCUGCUGCCAUUGGCACAGCCAACGUCGAUGACGAAGACGCCAUCGACGGAACUCCCACCGGAGUUAACGGAACCACGCACGAUCCAUUGCCCAUUUCGCGGCGGGCUCUUUUCUCUGCUACGAAAAAGGACAAAUCAGAAACGGCCACUCCCCGAACACGCCGCAAAACGAUUCUGUUCCGACCUCAAAUGACGAACGUCACGGAAGAACCAACCGCCCCGAAACCGCAAACUGAUGUUACAAAGCGCAGUGUGUCCAACCGUCGCAAAACGAUCGUAACCAACGUCGAAGAGAAUAGUGAUUCGCUGUCUCCUUCAGUUUUCAACACCGAACGAACCGGGCGCUCCCGUCGUAACACAAUGCUGGUCACGGCGGAAAUAAACGUGACACAACAGGGACAACAAACUUCAAACAAUAAGCAACCUGUGACCACGAGUAAACUAAACAAACGUCGCGAAACGAUCGUCGGAGUCAAUCCUUCGCCCAGUAAAGACAACAGCCCUCCCCCGGUGGUGUCCGCAAUAGGCAAACGGAACCGGCGCAAAACAAUCGCUUUCGUGAAUGAUGAAAAUACUCCACCGUCGACGACCACAGGACAUGCUUUGAGAAGCGCGUCCAAAACAUGCACCGGCGUGCAAUAUGGCUCCAUCUAUUCACCGAAAGAUAUGGACUUCUCUCAUACUCCAAAAGGCCCAUCAACAAUCGUGCCAGCCAAGGGUCCCAGCAAUGGAUCGACAAUGAGUGUUUCGACAACGGCUGGAAACGACGAAACGGGAACCUCGAUUGGCGAAAAGAUGGAUGGUUCGGCCAUGGCCCCAAUCGGUGUUGGCCGGCAAACGAUUUUCGAACCACCGGCAGGGCUUCAUAGCACCAAACAGUCGAUAGAGAUGUCUUUGGCAUCACCCUGCAAUGGCUCCCGGAGGCGCACCACUCUCUCAACAACGCGCAGCAACACUUUCUCGGAGCCACUGCAAUUGACCGCAAGCGCAACAAAAUCGUUGUCAAUAUCGCGCACUUACUUGACACAGCACAGCAGCAGCGUCGCACCUACCUCAAGCUCCAAGGUAACUCACGAGCCCCCGAAGACUUUGUUGCAGGAGUACCAAUCAUCGCUAAGGUUUGAAUCGACUCGAGCCCCUGAGCGCCGACGCCAAACAGUGUUUGACAUUACGAUGGAUAUAGUGGAUCAGCGACUCUCGGAGAUAAAUCGGCGUGCAGCUGCCGCGAAAGAAUCUCGUCCCAAAGAAAAAUCUUCAUCCGGCUCCAGUUCCAUGAUAACUCCGGCUCAACCGGAUCUUAAAACUCCGCCACCGGCAACCCAACAAACCUCUCUCAACGAGUACUUUAAGAAAACGGCGAAAUCGGUCGAAAAGUCAACUAAAUCCAACGAAUCGACCGUUCCCAACACCACCGUCAGUGGCAUAUUAGAGUGUAGUGAGGUUACGGGCGAAAGCAUCGCCGCCUGUGACGUGCCUCGUAAACGGAAGCUAUUCAACGUGCAAACGAUGUCGGAUGAUGCGUUUGUCAACAAACCGAAUGACACGACGGUUGUCACUAAACCGACACCGAAAAGACGUUCACUUGCUCCGGCGGCGGCGAUGGCUCCUGAUUUGGCCUCGCAGAGUUCGAAGAAACGACGAACUACUAUGUUUUUCGUGUCACCGGUUCCAGCGGAGGUUCGUCGCAAACAUCCGCAUGUCGCUAGCAGAGGUUUACCGACGGUAGGAUCGCAGUAUCCAACGGCAUCGCGCAAUUAUCUGGCCACCACUAACCUUCACAGCGAGCAGAGCGCAUUCGUAAAGGAGGCCCUGCGUACACUCGGUGGGUUCAUUGAGGAGCAGGAUGUAACCGACAACACAACGCACCUGGUGACGCUGGAACCACGACGCACCAUAAACCUGCUGCGUGCGCUAAUACGCGGACUCUGGAUCGUCCGGUACGAGUGGAUCGUGCAAUCCGUCCGCCAAGAACGCUGGCUACCGGAGGAACAGUUUGAAGUGCGUGAUUUCUCGGCAGCCGUACAGAUCAAUCGUAGCGAGCGACAAGCAUUCGGUAGCCACUAUCGAAAUGUCAUAUUCGCCGAUUACGGUCCGUUCUGGAUCUCGCGCCGCUGCGCCAUACCAGCGGAACAGUUGCGCGAAAUACUGUUGCUAUGUCGGGCAAAUGUUGCCGAAAGUCGUACCAAAGCAAAGUAUCUGGUCGUGCCGCAGGACCCAGACCGGGACUAUCGGACAAACGAGCAACAGAUCUGCAUCGAUGCCCUCUGGAUUCUUGAUAGUAUUACCGUUAAUAAGGUAAAGAAACUAUCGGCAAAAUAUCGUGUCCGUCAGAGAUAACGUUAUACUGUAUAGGAUGUUUUUUUA